AUGGAUAGCACCAUGGCCAGGGCCAUAUACAACACUGUGGACAGCACCAUGGACAGCACCAUGUCCAGCACCAUGACCAGCACCAUGGACAGCACCAUGUCCAGCACCAUGACCAGCACCAUGGACAGCACCAUGUCCAGCACUAUGACCAGCACCAUGUCCAGCACUAUGACCAGCACCAUGGAAAAUGUGACACCAUCAGUCGCGCUUAUCGCGGGCACGGAGGCUGCGGAGAGCUGGGAGGAGCGGCAAGUUCUCGCUGCGCUGAGGAGGCUCAAGUCUCGGCUGGGGUGUGGCGACCUGCUGCUCAGACUGCCGCAGACGGAUCUGUGUGGUGGUGGGCAGUCUCAUGUGAUUGGCUCACCUCAGCCAAUAGUAGCAUUAGCUGGUGAUGAUGUCGUUCUGCCGUGUCGCCUUGAACCAGCCGUCAGUGACUUUUCCGGGACAGUGGAGUGGACCAAAGAGGGCCUGAGCCCUCCGUUUGUCCAUGUUCACAAAAGCGGUGGCCAGGUGGUCCAGAGCCAAAAUCCUCUGUAUAAGUACAGGACCGUCCUGUUUGUGGACGAGCUGAAGAACGGAAAUGUCUCGCUGAAACUCUUCAGAGCGACAGUCUCUGAUGAGGGGACAUACUUAUGCUUCAUUCCUUCGAUUCGGAAAGGGGAUUUCAUCCAGCUCACUGUUGGUGCUGCCUCCUCUCCUGUCAUCACCGUGAGCGAAAGCAUCAGUGGAGUGACUUUAGAGUGUGAAAGUAAAGGCUGGUACCCAAAGCCUGAGCUGUUGUGGCUGGACGCUGAGGGAGAGCUCCUCUCUGCUGGAGCUCCAGAGACAGUCAGAGGUCCUGAUGGCCUCUAUACUGUCAGCAGCAGAGUGACUGUGGAGAGGAACCGCAGUGACACCUUCACCUGCAGGGUUCAGCAGCUCAGCAUCAACCAGAGCAGGGACGCACACAUCAAUGUCCCAGGUGAGAAAAAUGAGUUUUACAUUUUUGACAUGGGCAUGUUAUUAACUGGAAACAGAUGGGAUUUUUUACAUAAAAUCCAUCUUGCUCUGUGUUUUAUCAUUUCAGAUGAUUUCUUCAUCACUUUCAGCUUCAACACCGUUUCCUGCUCCAGAGACCACGACGCCGAAGACAAAAGAAAAGUGCCUCCAAUCGACAAGUGA